CUACUAUUUGGAAAGCAACGUAGCCAAUACGUUUAGUUUCGUCAAUGCUAUCCUUGUUUGACUUCGCCCUUUUCACCAAGUCUAUUGUCAGCGCGAACUUAUCAUCAACCUAUUAUUGUAGACCGACUGACCGGCUUGUUGUGGGCUUCAUGACGUUUGCUUAUGUCGGUCUUUGUUUGCAAUGUCGCUUUUUAGUCAUAACUUUACGAUUUCAUCGCGUGUCAUUACAGCGAAACCGACUGAUUCCUUACGUACUAUGAGCUGUUUUGGUACGGUUUUUGGGAACCAUUCAGUUGUCCGUGUUGCAAGGAUGUAGCAACGUGAGUGGGGCCAACUGGAUGUGUCCAGCGUGAUGAAGUCAUAUAAUUCCGCCGCAUUCAGGUCUCCUCAUCGUGACAAAGCAAUCUGCCAUCAAUUUCACCUUGCCAACUUUGUAUUUGAGCUUGAAGUCAUAAUGUUGCAGCUCAUCCAACCGACUGUGCAGUCUUAG